AUGCGCAUCGAUAAGUGCUAUUUUUGUUCGAGUCCGUGCUAUCCGGGCCACGGCAUGGUGUUUGUCCGGAACGACAGCAAGCAGUUUCGUUUUUGCCGCUCCAAAUGCAUCCGUUCUUUUCACAAAAAGCGCAACCCUCGUAAGGUCGCGUGGACCAAAGCUUUCCGUAAGACGCGCGGCAAAGAAAUGGCCGUCGACUCCACAUUUGAGUUCGAAAAGAGACGGUCGCGACCAGUCAAGUAUGAUCGCAACCUCAUGGGCCAAACCAUACAAGCCAUGCAAAAGGUUAAACAAAUCCAAACUGCUCGCGAAGUCCGUCACUUUGAAGCUCGCAUGAAAGACGCUAGCGUGGAAAAGAAAAAGCAAGCACGAGUAGAAAUUGAAAAAUCGAUUGAUUUGCUG